CCUCUGCCCACGGCUGGCACCGGCCGGCCCGAGCCGGCACAAGGGCGAUCGCCCCGUGCGGUAAAAGCAACACUGGAGAGCUGCGUUCUUGUCCCAGGGAAUCCGUGGGAGCCGCCCGUAUUGCCAGGAUCCCGGCUGUCAGUAGUCUGGGGACGAGCAGGGAAGGCGUCCGGCCUGCUGAUUCCGCGGGCAGGCCGUGGCAGGGAGCCCAGAGCUGGACACAGCACUCCAGAUGUUCCUCACCAGGACUGAGUGAAGGAGAAGGAUCACCUACCUUGACCUGCUGGCCACAGGCUUCCUGGUGCACCCUAGGAUACCAUCAUCCCUCCUGGCCACAAGGGCACUGCUGGCUCAUUUCAAGUGAAAGAUACUUUGUUUAUGGCUCAGAAGCAGCACAAGGAGGGUGGAGAAGCAUGCAUUUUUUCCUGCUUGUAUUAGCCAUUGGGUCUAGAUCAAGAAAUAUAUGGUCAACAUUUAUUUAACAUGAUCAAUUGCAGACAAAAGAAAAAGCGUGCAAGAAAUACAACUUGCAUCCACAAAGCAGUGUCCAGAGACAGAAAUCAUCCUCCAUCCUGUUCCUCUGGGAAAUGUGAGACAGUUUUUUGAAAUAAAGAUGAUGUAAAUUGAACAGUGAUAAAGAGAAGGAAGCAACCUCAAUUAUUUACAAAGCAGAGAGUCUGCUGUAACCCUGAGAGUGGGAUAUUUAUUACAGCCUCUAGAUACACCAUCCUAGCUCCAAAACCAUUUAUUUAAGCCGCGGUCCUGAUCGUGGAGAGCUCCCAGCUAGACAGCUCCAGCUCCAAGGUGAACUCCAUCAAGUCCACCCUGAUGGGGGAGGCUCCAACUCAGGCAACCAACAGAUCUGCAGGCAUCCACCAGGGACUGAUGCUUGCUAGCAGUAAGAAGGGCAAAAUGCUAGAGCAGAUGGGAAAACCUCCCAAGCACUAUCACCGGCAAGGAGAGGCCUAUCCUUGCACUAACGACAAGGAAUGUGAAGUUGGGCGGUACUGCCACAGCCCUCACCAAGCCACGUCUGCGUGCAUGAUGUGCCGGAGAAAGAAGAAGCGCUGCCAUCGGGACGGGAUGUGCUGCCCUGGGAACCGCUGCAACAACGGUAUUUGCAUACCAGUAACUGAAAGCAUCCUUACUCCUCACAUCCCUGCUCUAGAAGGGCCGCGCAACAAGAAGAAUGGUCAUUAUCCAAGCAAGGAUUUGGGAUGGCACAACCUGGGGAGGCCACGAUCCAAGCUGUCACACAUAAAAGGACAUGAAGGUGAUCCCUGCCUACGGUCAUCAGACUGUAUUGAGGGACACUGCUGCGCUCGCCAUUUCUGGACCAAAAUUUGCAAGCCUGUGUUGCAUCAGGGGGAGGUAUGCACCAAACAGCGCAAGAAAGGGUCCCAUGGACUGGAGAUUUUCCAACGAUGUGACUGUGCCAAGGGUUUGUCUUGUAAAGUAUGGAAAGAUGCGACCUCCUCUUCUAAAUCAAGACUUCAUGUGUGCCAGAAGAUCUGAAUGAGGAUUGGGAAGACAGUAUUAAGUGACUGUGGCUUUAUCAGUUUAAUGCAUUAUGGCAUGGUGGAAAAAGGGGACUGCAAAUGAAGUGGAAUGGCUAAAGUAACCAUUAGAGUAUGAGUAGAAGUCACACUAAAUGCAUUUCUUUUUGAGCUGGUGGUAAACACAAGUGUAGCUGGAGUUCACCUACCGCGCAGUUCUCCUGUAAAUAAUUCUACAGCUUGUGGGAAAUGCUAGUAUGCAAACAAGUAGAGUGGAAAUGAAUGUCACUUACCUUGCUGUGUUGUCCCAUGAUGUUUCAGGGGUUCAGUGAUGUUAGGGCUACAGUGGGUCUCCAGCGUGGUAAGGACUUUCUACAGAAAUUGUAUACAUUGUACUCCUAUAGGAAGCAGUGCAUUGCAGGAAGACUCAUCUGUCAACACAUUAUUGGUCACAUUGCAGGUGUGAGAAAUGGAAAUAAAGUUACUGUGAAUGUCCACAUGCCCUCAUUAUUCAGGGCUGACACUUCAACAAGGAAGCACUCCUGCAGGACAAGAGUGCUGUGUUUUGCAGGCCCUUAUGAAGAAGGUGAAAACUGGCCAUCUCCAAAUUUCAAGAGAGCUACAGUUUAUCUAAGAGGAGGCAUUUAAACAGGGUUUUAUUUCUAUACAUGGGUAAAUUGAAAUGCUUUAUGUAGUUCAAUGUCAUAGUAAGGCACUUAAUCACUUGUAUUUGCCUCAGUUUACUGCUAAUUUACGUUGGGUUGAACAGAUGAAGCAAAUAUGUGUGCAUGCUGAAUCCAGAAUUAUAUACAUGCAGUUCCUCAUUAGUCCUAAAUAUACUGUCCUUGCCUAAGCGUUCUUGCAUUAUAGACAUUUCCAAAAGAAAUAGCAGUGUGUUGAGCUGCUUAACAUGAAGAGCUUUGAAGUUGUUUCUCUGUUGCAGUUAUAAUACAAUAUACAUAACACCUCAGCAUUUGUUGAGGUGUUUCAGGCAUACUGCUACAAACUCAAAGUUUUACACUUCAUGGCACUCUGCAGCAGUAUAAUGGAUUUGUUCUCGAGACAGCAAAGAAAGAGGAGAUGGGUCUUGUGAGCACCUCCUCUCCUGCAGAAGAUGAUGUAAGAAGAUGGCAUGACCACAAAUGACUUGUUAAAACAUCAUGUGAUGUCACAGCAUACCACCCUCCGGCAUGUACUCAGCCUGGAACUGAUGUCCUCUCACUCUGGAGUGUUCUGCCAGGAAUGACAGAAAUAUAUAGACUGUGGAAACAGCUGCCAACCCUAUGUUGUUUGUGUACUGGUUAAAAAAAAAAAAGACAGCCUCUGUCCCUUGACUUGUCUCCCAGGUCUUUUCAAACAUUUUAAACUUUACUUAUUUGCAAAUAUUCCUUUGUAUAAACUUUGGUAAAGAGACUGAUAUUACUUUAAAAGAAGUCUGAUUCUAUAAUUGACCUACUGCUAAGUUGUAAUUACCCAUUUAUGAUUACCCAUUUUCAUGUUCUAUAAUACAAGAGACUUUUCUGUUUACUUGGUUUGGCACAACAUGGGUAGGCCAGUAUGUAGUUUAUCUUUGAAGACCACAUCACCAUUACCUGACACAUUUUUCCACCAGUGGGAUGCUUUAAAGCUUUAGCUUAGCUACACCACUUGAUUCAGUCUUCCUAAUUAGAUCAUGGACCUCAGCUUCAUUGCCCUUGUUUUUCAUAAGAGUCUAAAGCAGAAGAGUAUUUCACACACCUCUUUCCCUACUGGAAACAACUCUUCUAACUCCAGCAUUUUCCAGUGUCAUUGGAACAGGAAUAAGGCUCAGAUUUUAAAAAAUCCUAAAAGAGCUGAGGAACCAAUUUUGCUAGUUUUAUUUACACUGACACAGCACAUACUCAGAAGAAGAACUUAAGUGCUCUCAUUGUCACCACAUAUAAAAGAAAAUUAUAUCCAGCAUGAGCAGGGGGGUUGCAGAAAUGGAAUUUUAGCUCUUUUUGUUGGCCUACCCGCCAUUUUGCUCUUGCAAAACUCAGUUAUUUGGGAUAAUUUAUUUACAGGAAAUGUUUAAUGAGAUGUAUUUUCUUAUAGAGAUAUUUCUUACACAAAGCUUUGUAGCAAAAUAUAUUUGCAGCCUGUUGAUUUCAAUGUAGAAAAAUGUAUAAUAAGAUUAAAUAUAUUAAAUUUCCUUUCACAUUCUUCCCCAAAUAUUUUACCCAUAUUCUUCUCUUUACCUGCUGCUUAUGAAGAAUAGUUCUUUACAGAAAGACAUGCAAAUCCAUUGAAAAAAAAAAAAAUCACAUAGCUAUGCAAGUAAAAAUAUCGGAUUGCACUUGUGUCUGUGUGUAGGCUGAGUUUUGGUAACAAACAUGAAGGUCAUCUCUAAAAUCCCCAUACAUAAUUUCUACAAAACUGGUUUAAGUGAGAACUAUCUGUAUGCUUCUCUUGGGUCGGUUUACACCUAAAUACUCAAAAAUACAUGUUGAAAAUAAUGCACCUGGUUGUGUAAUGUAAAAUCAACCAGGUUAAGUAGGAAAGGUAUCCAGACACGUUUCCUGGAUAGUGAUACAUACCAGAGGGACUCAUGAUGGAUAAAGGUGGUACUCAAAUUACACAGCAUUUUGUUAGAACUACGGCAUGCAAAUACUCUCCUGCAAAAUCUAUAACUAGCAGUUCUGAAUUGGCAACUUACAGCAUUCAGCUCUAAUAACAUGAAACAAUCCAUGUGACACAACUGCAAAUACUGUUAAUAAAACCAGACAAGUUUUGAUCCCAGGAAAACUCCUGCAGAGCACAAUAAAUAUUGCAAAAUAUUGGCUGUGGUUAUUAAGCAAUGGUCUUGAUAUCCCUGUUAGUUGUUUUGGGUAACCCUUUGCUUGGAGGGUGAAAUGGUCUCCAAGUCACAUGAGUGAUUGUAUAAAAUGAAAAGGUUUAGCUACUGUCAUUUGCAAUAUUUGGUUGGUAGGCCUUUGAAAAUUCCAACACUUUUAACAUCAACAUAAUAAAGUUGUGAGCGUUUUCAGAGCCCAAUGACUUCAACAGGGAUGGCCAAAGCCUUCAGAGAUUUAGUCUGGGAACAAAAACAAUAGGCACAGACAGUUCCUUGCACACCACAAAUACUGAGCCACAUAACUGAACAGAGUAGCAUGCAAGCAGUUUCAUAAGACUGAACUUUGGUUGUUUAGAAGACAGUCAGUCAAUGUUUUGUGGAAAUAUACAUCAGUUUGAGAAUAAAAGAAUAGCUAAAUUUGGAGAUAAUUGCUCUCACUCACUGUGUCACUCAUCACGGGAAUUAAGAGUGAGUUUGAUUCAGUAACAUUUCAGAAAUCUGCUGUCAUGGCACAAGUACACAAGAUGUUAUUACUGAACAAUUCAAAUAAUUUUUCUAUUAGCCUAGAAUAGCCUCAGCAUUGCAACAUCUCUUUGGAAAUACUCAUUAACUUUCCUAAAAAUAAUGGAUUCCUACUCUACAUAUAUUUGAUUUACAGUAUAAAUGUGGGUGUGUAUCCAUUACUGUACUAUUUGCUUUGUCUCAUGUUGUUUGCAAACUAUAGUAUUUAUGAUUUUAAACAAUUUUUUAAACAGAAACUAUUAAAAUAGAUUUAUUUGCUUCUAUAACAACACUUUCAACAAGUGUACAUCCACCAUCUGACACCUAAGCCAGAAUUCAUUGAAAUUUAAGUAAUUUUCUGCAUAUUCCAACUUCCCUGCUCAUUGUCUCAGCAACAGCAAAAGAACCCUCAUCGAACACCAUAAAAUAUCUUGGACAGAGGCUGAGAAGAGACAUUCCCAACUAUUCCUUGUCACCAGCCCACUCUGCUUUCACUUUAGAGCCCUGCAUCAACACCCCCACUAGCAAAGAAAAUUGGUAUAUUUCAUCCCUUCCAGUUUGCUUUCCUUCUAGGAAAGCCAUUUAAGAAAGAGAUCCUGAAGGUCAAAACCAGCAGAAACUCAUAUAACAGAGGCUCUAAGCUCAGGCUUUUAGGAGUUUUGAGAUCUAUCCUCUAACUUUCAAAACCUUAAUUACUAGGAAAAUUAUGUAAUAUCAAGGCCAUGUUUAUAAAAUAUAAAGAAAUCUUGUUCUUUGGAUUGUCAGUCAUGUGUUCUGAAAAUAAUUGCCCACAGUGGGGAAGAAAAAACAAACACUUCCUCCUCAUCCAGGCAUCCUUACCUGUAGUCCCUGAUAAAGGGAAAGCAGUUAUUUUGGAUUUCUUUUGCUCUGGGCACAGUGUACACAAAGGAAUAAUUAAUUUUGUUUUUAAAUCACACUAAUAAUAAAGUUAUGGUUUCUUACCUUGCU